AUGAAAGGCGUGUACGUCUUCGGCGCCGUGGCCGCCAGCGUGGUUCACGCGAACAAGUUCCCCGACUGCGAGGCGGACAACUGCUACCGCAACUUGGUCGACAAGCACUUCAAGGACGUGGCCCCCAAGUUCUGCCUCGAGUAUCUCGCCGGCAAUAAAAAAUACGCCGGUUCCAUCCCGGCAAAGUUUGGGAACUGCCGCUCCGCCAGGGAGGUCAGUUCUGCCUGCUCCUGCAUCGCCUACACGGCCACGCAUAAGCCUGGUGGCCCGUCAUCUUCCCCCGCCCCCCCCGUCGAGAAUCCUGGAUACCCUGUGCCUGGUUAUCCCGCCCCGUCGAAGCCCAACGACUCACCUGCCUAUCCCACGCCAUCAGCCCCCGGAAAUGAGCCCGGCUACCCCGUACCGUCUGGUCCCGAUACCAAGCCCGAGGAGCCGGGUUACCCCGUUCCAUCUGGUCCCGAUACCAAGCCCGAGGAGCCGGGUUACCCCGUUCCAUCUGGUCCCGAGACCAAGCCCGAGGAGCCGGCCCCAUCAGGUCCGGUUGAGGAACCCGGGUAUCCUGUUCCAUCUGGUCCCGAGACCAAGCCCGAGGAACCGGCCCCGUCAGGCCCGGAGUACCCCGUGCCGACGGGCCCGGGCGAGCAGCCCGAGUAUCCUGUGCCGUCUGGCCCGGUAAACAACCCAGAGUACCCCGUGCCGACGGGCCCGGGCGAGCAGCCCGAGUAUCCUGUGCCGUCUGGCCCGGUAAACAACCCAGAGUACCCCGUGCCGACGGGCCCGGGCGAGCAGCCCGAGUAUCCUGUGCCGUCUGGCCCGGUAAACAACCCGGAGUACCCCGUGCCUUCAGGCCCUGGCGAGAAGCCCGAGAAGCCCACUCCCUCAGGCCCGGAUACUCCCGAGUAUCCCACCCCAUCUACCCCCGUCGAGUCACCUGAGUAUCCCAUCCCCUCUAGCUCUGGCUCCUCCGAAGCGCCAACGGGCCCGGGCUCUUCUCCCUACCCCACGCCUUCGGCACCUGGUUCUUCUCCCUACCCCACGCCUUCGGCACCUGGCUCAUCCGAAGCGCCAACGGGCCCGGGCUCCUCUCCCUACCCCACGCCUUCGGCCCCUGACUCUACUCCCGGCUACUCUUCCACCUCUGUCCAGCCUGGCACCGAGUCUUCGAGCCAGCCCGACACCACCAGCUGGACUACCUCGACCAUCUGCGAGACCAAGACGCACACCAUCACUCAGUGUCCCCCUGAGGUGACCAGCUGCCCCGGGAAGGGCCACACCACAAUUGUCACCGAGACCAUUCCCAUCUCCACCACCGUCUGCCCCGUCACCUCCACCGAGCACACUCCUGAGAAGCCUUCCAAGACUCCCUCGUACCCGAACCCCCCCGGCUACAGCUCCACCUCCGUGAAGCCUGAUCACCCAAGCUCCACCGAGGCUGAGACGACCAGCUGGACCACCUCGACCAUCUACACCACCAACACGCACACCAUCACUCAGUGCCCCCCUGAGGUGACCAGCUGCCCCGGCAAGGGCCACACGACCGUCGUCACCGAGACCAUCCCCGUCUCCACCACUGUGUGCCCCGUAACCUCGACCAAGCCCGCAGAGCACCCUACCUACCCGGAGAAGCCUACGUACUCGGUCCCGGAUUCGUCGUCUACCCAGCCCGGCGUCGGCCCCACGAGCAAGCCCCAACCCGACACCACGAGCUGGACCACGUCGACCAUCCACACGACCAAGACGCGCACCAUCACCCACUGCCCUCCUGAGGUUCCCAACUGUCCCGGUGGCCACACCACGGUCAUUACCGAGACUCUCCCCGUCUCCACCACUAUCUGCCCUGUCACGUCAGUUGCGCCCCCGGCCACCAAGCCCGAGCCUGUCAGCAGCGAGGCCCCGACCAAGUACACCACGCAGACCUACGCCGUUCCUUCAUGUUCGCCCGGCGCUCCUGAGUGCCCCACGGAGAGCGUCCCUGCUCCCUCUGUGGUGCCGACGGUCAUUCUGCCUCUCCCGGAGCACCCGACUGAGAAGCCUCCUACCGAGCAGCCCCCGUAUCAGUCUCCUCCUGCCGAGCAGCCUACUCAGCAGCCUACUCCGGAGCAGCCCACUUACCAGUCUCCUCCGGCCGAGCAGCCUACUCAGCAGCCCACUCCGAAGCAGCCCACUUACCAGUCUCCCCCGGCUGAGCAGCCCUCCAAGCAGCCUACUCCGGAGCAGCCUCCCUACCAGUCUCCUCCCGCUGGAAAGCCUGCUCCUCAGAACCCCUCUGUCCAGCCCCCUACCCCUACCGAGGUCGUUCCCCCGUCGGCCACGACCGGCCCUGUUCUGGUCACCGGCGCUGCCGGCCACGCUUCCAGCAGCGUCACUUUGGUUGUCGCCGUCGCCGGUCUGCUUGCCCUUUUCUAA